UUAUGUGUUGCUCACUAUAAACAUACGUUUUGGGGAUUACUUUGAAGAAGAAAGGGUUCAAUGGUUAUAUAUUCCAACGGCCCCGGAGCUUCCCCCACCGUCUCGUGUUUUACGACGUUCAAUCUGCUGCAACACAGAGGGGGAAAAAGUGAGGGAGCCACUUUAGAGAGUGGUGCGACCCAGUUCAAACAUACGGCCAUUGUUGUAUGGGCUAGCCAUAUAUAUAUGUGUGCUGUAUCUGCACUGCAGUUUUGUUGGUGUGAAAGUUUAACCUCGCGUCAGUUUUGUAGAAAAUCUGAUAUUUACAUACUUUUUUUGUUUCUUGCCAUGUCCGAGGAGAUUGAAGGAAGAAGGCCCUCCAUCGAUGAGGCAACCCACAAGGAACAGCAGGAGAUUGAUGAUAAUGUCAUCACUCCAGAGAAGGCAGAGGAGGUGAAACUGAAGGCCAGGUACCCUCAUCUUGGAGCCAAACCUGGGGGCUCUGACCUGCUCCGGAAACGCCUUCAGAAAGGGCAAAAGUUCUUUGACUCUGGGGACUACAACAUGGCCAAGGCUAAGGUGAAGAACAAGCAGCAGCUCCCUGCAGUGACGCCGGCUGAGAAGGCAGAGAUAACCGGGGACCACAUCCCCACACCCCAGGACAUCCCCCAGAGGAAGCCCUCUAUCGUGGCUAGCAAACUGGCUGGCUGAGUGGGUUGAUGGAACUAGGAACCAUGGAACUAGGAACCAUGGAACUAGGAACCAUGGAACUAGGAACCAUGGAACUAGGAACCUUGGAACUGUUUUGUUCUGUUACCAUUCCAUCGCUCGCUCUUGUUCUCUCUGAGCCGGUCUCAAUUAGUUCCCUAUGUCUACCGCUUGGCACUAACCCUUCAAUGCAUGCAUAUUUUGCUGGCCCUUCCUCCAUAUUCCUCACAUUUGUUCAAACAUUGAAGAGGUAGGGGGGGCCCCCCAAGGGGAAG